CUGACAGCAGUGAACUCUGUGGUUUUCACAGUGAAGGCCGUCGAUGCAGACGGAGACAUGAUCAGUUACAUCAUCGAUCAAUCGUCGAGAGACCCAGAGUUCUUCAGGGUUGAUCUACCGAACAGUGGGAACAUAGUUCUGAACAAACUUCUGGACUACGAGACCAGAACCCGACUGCAGGUGAUCAUCUGGGCUCAGGAAGCAAACACUGUGGAGAAGUCCAACACAUCUGCUGUUCUGACUGUGAACAUCGAGGACGGAGACGACCACUAUCCUCACUUCCUGCCCUGCACACCUGUCUCUCCAGCUGUUCCUGUCUGCAUGAACCCCACCUACACCACCAACAUCACACAGAAACACCAGGAAGCAGUUCUUGAGUUUUCUCCCGGUCCAAUCAGAGCAGAAGAUGGAGACAGAGGAAUCAACACCACUCUGAUCUACAGCAUCCUGUCAGGUGGGGAUCGAGGCAGGUUUGUGAUCAACAACAGGACUGGUGAGAUCCGGCUCACCAGAGCUGUGACCGCCCGACACCAGGAGGCAAACGUCACACUCAGCGUCAUGGUGUGUCAGGAGGACGACCAGCUGAAGUACAGUGUGGUUUCGGUUCUGAUCAGGGUUCUCAGUGAGAACACGUUCCCUCCGAUCUUCAACAGAACCACCUUUAAAGGUUUCAUCGUCCAGAACUCGAGCCCGGCCUCCAUCGUCACCACCUAUGGGAACCAGGUGUUACAGAUCCAGGCGUCAGACCGUGACUUCUCUGAUGGCCUGAAUCCAAACAUCCACUACUCCAUCCUUCCUGCAUCUGGACUGUACCAAGUCACCAACGGGGGGGUUCUGAUCGCCAGGACGGACCAACUGCAUGCCUUCGACAGACACAUACUACAGGUUGUUGCCAGAGAUGAAGAAUCUGGAGAAGAAGCUUCGGCUUCAGUAAACAUUGAAGUCCUGCAGAGAGGACAAUCAGUUCCUCGUGGUGCGUUCACUGAGCAGCAGAUGUUCGGAGAUGUGGACAGCAGACUAGCAGGAGGAAUCACUGCGAUGAUUCUGUUGUUGUUUCUAUCAGCUGGUUUGUUUCUGUUGCUUCGAACCGUGAAGAGAAGACGAGUUCAGAGAAAUCCUGACGACCAAAACGCAUCGCCGUCCGUCGGUAAACAUCCCAACGAGACGAGCUCCAGAACUUUCAGUCAUGAACAAGAGUCAGAAGGUUUCCAAGGCAGACAGGGAGUCUACACCAGGAAACACUCUCUGCUUCCUCCUCCUCCUCCUUCAUCUUCAUCAUCAUCAUCAUCAUCAUCAGCAGCAUCUUCAUCAAACAUCAUCAGCGACCCUGCAGGAACAUUUCACUCUGAUCUGUCUCCCGUCAUAGAAAGACCAGAAACCCUCAGAACCCAUGAUG